CCAUAAAGCGGGUAUUCCACUUUAUCCAAAGAUAAACCACUUUAACAUGCCUUACGCCCUUCGACCCCGUACAGGCUGACUGCUUCAAAUCUUAGGCAGGAGUCAAGCAUCAAACCGAAAUUCUUACGUUGGCGGCAUGGAUCUAUUUUGCAUGCCACUGAGGGAUGAUCCAGCCGGUUACUCUAUACUCUGUUCAUGCUUUUAAGUAUAAGAAGAACAGGAUACGGUGCUUCAAGCCUCAGAUCAUACACACGCAUUCAGCAACGUCUACUCUCAUACCAUCUCCUACCUAUCAUUCUUUUCGCAUACAUCAGAACAUAACUCCAGUGAUUGGGCAAUCGAACGCCUCUUUACCCGAUUCGCUGUGAACUUCCCCGCUUCGCCAAGCCAUCCGACAUGGUUCGCAUUUCGCACUUUACUCUGGGAGCCAUUGUGGCCUUCCUGGCACACACAUCUAUCGGAGCUUCUACAAGUGGCCCUGGUGUCGCCCUCCAUCGCAGAAUGGGUACAAGUGACAAAGCAGGAACUGUAUUAGCCAGCCCCAUCGAUUCGGUCAACCCGCCAAAGGAUACCGGGAAACAAGUCAAGAGAGAAGAAGACAUCCCCAAGGCAUAUCUGGUCAGCACGGUGAACGGGAUAACACGAGCCCAGUACGAGGAGUUCGCCAAAAAGCCACCACUUGGGGACAAAGAGGGCGAUAUUAUCGCUUUCGAUGGAGUCGAAUGGGUUUCUUGCCAAUACCUGAACCUCACUGACGCUGAAGCCGCGAUCGUCCGCGAGGAUCCUAUCAUAGCAUGGGCCAACCCGAUCACUGAAGAAUCUGGCGAAUUACUCGUCAUCCCUCGGUACGGCGACCCGAGUUCACUAACCACGAGAGCCGAACUGCCUACAUUCCUCAACCAGAGAGAUGACAGUGCAGGUCAUCUCAAGUUACUUUCAGCGAGGAACCAGAGGAAUGAUCCCACACAGCUACCGAAUUAUGUGUUUGAGCCUUCUCUUGGGCAAGGCCAAACUAUCUAUGUGCUCGAUAGCGGUUAUCGCAAGACUCACCAGGAUUUCGAUUCCUCCGAGCGCGAAGUUAGGGACUUUUUCGUUCCUAAUCGCCACACGCUAGCCGGGAUCCCACUUAGAGAUGAUCAGAAGGGACCAGAGGAUAUGACAGACAUCACUGGACACGGCACGAUGGUUGCGAGUAUUGCAGCUGGAUAUGUCAGUGGCGUGGCUUCCAAAGCUAACCUCGUUGUCGUGAAAUUGAGGAAUUCAGCUACAAACCCUUUGAAGCCAGACGAAACUACUCUUCUACCGCGAGGUGUUACCGACUCCGCAUUGGAAUUUGCUCUCGCAUGGACUUUCAAAGACAUCGCUGACCAGAGAACCAAAAAUACCGACCCCAACGCAAGGUACAUUAUCAACCUAUCCUACGGUUGGACGAAAGCUCAAAACCCUAAUAAAGUGAAUGCAAUGGAGCGUGCACUUCAAAAAUGUAAGGAAGAGGACAUCACAUUUGUUACCGCCGCAGGCAAUGAGGGGCGAUCUCGUACCCUGGAUUCCAUCGUACCGCAAUCCUUUGGCACCGACGAUAGAUUCAGCAUGAUCACCGUGGGCGGCGUGGAUAAUGCUGGGAAAUACUAUGUGCCAACCAUUCAAGGUAACGGUCAAGGUGGUCAGGUCGACAUAUACGCAGGGGCAGUCGACGUUGUUUGCGCGAAGCAUAACGAAGCAGAUGACUCCACCAUAACGGAAGACGGAACAUCCCUUGCGGCCCCAGCAAUCGCCGGACUUGCUGCAUACUAUUUCGGCAUCCCUGCGCUACGCAGCAACUGGCAUGACGGCAGUGUACCAGCAGAUAUGAAAAAGUUCAUUUUAGAUCAUGCAGAAAUCAGGAAUGACAACCCCUUCGACGAAAGUGACGAUCCUUUUGCGUCGCCAAGGCCCGAAAAGGAGAGUCUCAAAGUGCCGUACAACUUGGCGCUUAACCAGCUUUGCGAUCUCCCAGAUGCGGCAGCCAAGCGUUCUCUCUUCACCAAGAGAGCUCUUACACCUGAGCAAUCAGUCCCAGGCCGUCCGAUCGUCGAGGGCGGUGAGGUCACGAACGAAGAUCUCAAGAACGAAAUCUGUAACGUCCACAACCGCCCCUCACCCGAGACCGAACCAGAACCCGAGCCGACGCCAGAAGCACCAGCACCACCUCCAAACACAGCAGCUUGCAAGGUUCUCGAGCAGGGCCUUGGCGGCGGGAAAUGGGAGGUCACCGGAUCUGGUUGGGGCGACGAAGCUUCGCUUAAGGACAAGUUCGGAGAUGAUUCGUUUAGCUACACCGGCGGAGAUUCCUUCACGGCUAUGUUUGUGAGUAGUAUGAGUGUAGGGGAUGUUGAAAAUGCUGUGAGGGAGAUGUCGGGGCUUGGUGAUGUUACUUGUACUUAGAUGAUGGUUGGGAUUGAAG